ACCACCUCCAUCUUGGCCUCCUCUCCGCCACCCAUUUCAUCUACAAAUCAUCCCCUUCCCCUCCAUUGAUAUUUCCAACCAAAAACUCAAACAUUUUCUCUCUCAUCAUAGCUAAAAAAAAUCAUGGAUGUCUGGUCAUGGAUAUGCGAACUCCCCAACUCGGACGAGUGGAACCACUCCGAGUCCGAAUCUUACCUCACCUUCACCCUCGCCUCCUCCGCACCGAGUUCGAAACACCCGACUCAGUUGAUUCACCUCCGAGCCGACCGCAGUCUCACCUCGGAGGCGGAAACUUCCAUCCGUUUCUCGGUCCGCUUGGUAGGUUUUAACAAACUCUCUUCCGACGACGAUGACCAGAAGCCCAUCUGGGCUUCUAACGCGUGUCCUCUGUCGUCGGAAAACCCUUUCCUGCCCCUCGUCCUGCAGCUCCUUCAGGAAAUCGUGUCGCGCUCGCCCAUGGCGCAGGAUAGCACCUGCCCGCGCUCACAGCUUCAGCUUCAGCGCGGGCAGGUGUCAUGGAUUCUGGACUCCCACGCGCCAGAGUCCUUCUCGAGAUUCUUCAACCUCGUCCUCCUCACGCGCCUCUUCUGGGUGUGCGCGUGCGACGCGCCCUCCGACGUCGGCUCCUUCUUCUUCCACUACCUGCUCGCGCCGAAUAUAGAGACGUUCACCUGCCACCACGCGCCUGUUGUGAGGAACUUCUUCGUCGCGGUCGGCGCUGACGUGGAGCUUUGCUUCACGCGCACCGCUGGGUACAUGUUAGCGAAAUGGCUCAUUUUAAGAGACGUUGAGGUGGGGCUGAGAUCGACGCCGCCAGCGGCGUCAGGGAAUCUCGGAUUCUCCUACGCCGUGGAAUCUCACGGACUGUGGAUAUUGAAGGGCUUCUCUCCGGUGAAAUCCAUGCAGUGCAUGCAAUCUCAGGGGCAAAACGGUCUUUUCCCUGCGGUGAUGGAGACUAGGGAAUCCCUGCUAAAAUACGCCUUAGCUCAUCAGCAGCUUGAGGCUGUGAUUCAGCUGGAAUACAAGGUCAGAUUCCACGAGAGCUACAUCCACGUAAGCGCACGUGUCGACAAUCUGAGGAUCCACGUGGCGAAGCUAGGGUUUAGGAAGAACGACGAGAGCUUCCUGAACGAGAAGCAUUUUCCUUCACGGGUUCGGGUCUGGGUCGGGCCGGAGGUCGGGGCGAGCUACGUGGGCGGGCUGAGCCUGGGCUGGUCGACGGAGAACGUGGAGAGGGAGACGGAGAUGCAGAAGACGAUGAAGGGCAGCUCAGGGAAGCCGAAGGUCCCAAAGGUGAAGGCGAUGGUGAGGAUGGCGACGAGGUCGAAAAUCAAGAAUUGGAGGUGGGACCAGGACACGGAUGGGAAUGCAGCAGUGUUCGAUGCAACCCUGUGCGACAACACCACUGGCAUUGAGGUCGCCACGUGGAAGCCGUCUGGCGUUGGUGGUGGUGGGGAGGUCGGAAUAGAUUUUAGACGGCGGUAUAGUGGGAAUGGGAGGGCGUUUACAAAGUCCGGUGGAGUGGUGUUCGCCGGAGAUGAGUGUGGGGCGGAGGUGGGGUGGAGGGUGAGCAAGGAGAUGGAAUGGAGUGUGUUGAAGUGGAGGAUUGGAGGGAAAGUUUGGUUGAGCUAUUGGCCUAAUCAAGUGAACUCUUCUUACUAUGAGACUAGGUGUAUUGAGUGGUGUGAUGAGGUUGAUUUGCCCUUGAUACCUAGUGCAAAUUUGAUCUAGAUGUCAUCCCAAUGUAUAUAUAUAUGUUACAUACUCCGUAUGAUAAAAAUACUAAGCCUACUUCAUGUUGUAAUGGUAAAUUAGUUCAUUGAGUAAAGAAAUAGUUGGUCAA